GGCCCCAAAAAAAAAAAAAACGUUACACACACUUCAUAAUUUUUCGAUCGAAAUCCCUAAAUUGAAUUCCAGCUUUGAUUUUACGAGUGUGAAAUUUCAGCGAGGAAGAAGGAAGAAUUGGGGCUAAUUCCGAUCAAAUGGAGGCGGAACUCAAAUGCUUGCUUAGUGAUUUUCAAAGUCUUCGCGAUUCUUUGCGUGAUCCCUCUCAUCAAGCUUUAAUUGAUAAGAUGCAAUCACGUGUUGAGCAUCUUUCGGCAGCGGAAAAGUUGGCAAGUGUUCAGCGUUCCAAAAUCAAGGAUAUGAGUGCUGAGGUGGUUGAUAGCAACCCAUACAGUAGACUUAUGGCACUUCAGAGGAUGGGUAUCGUGGACAACUAUGAAAGAAUACGGGACUUUUCAGUUGCCAUUGUGGGUAUAGGUGGUGUUGGCAGUGUUGCAGCUGAGAUGCUAACAAGGUGUGGCAUCGGUCGCCUUUUGUUGUAUGACUAUGAUAAAGUGGAGUUAGCUAACAUGAAUAGGCUUUUUUUCCGUCCAGAGCAGGCUGGCAUGACUAAGACAGAUGCUGCUGUGCAAACUCUCACAGACAUAAACCCUGAUGUUGUGCUAGAGAGCUAUACAUUGAACAUCACUACAGUACAAGGCUUUGAGACCUUUAUGUCAAGUCUAACAGAUAAAUCAUUUCGUCCGGAUAAAGACGGAAUUGGAGUUGAUCUCGUUUUAAGCUGCGUAGAUAAUUAUGAAGCAAGGAUGGUGGUAAAUCAGGCUUGCAACGAGUUGAAGCAAACAUGGAUGGAAUCUGGUGUAUCUGAGAAUGCUGUUUCUGGUCAUAUACAGUUGUUGGUUCCUGGUGAAACUGCUUGUUUUGCGUGUGCACCUCCGUUGGUUGUAGCAUCGGGGAUUGACGAGCGUACGCUAAAGCGUGAAGGGGUUUGUGCAGCAUCUUUGCCAACUACAAUGGGUGUUGUUGCCGGUCUUCUUGUUCAAAACACUCUAAAAUACUUGCUCAAGUUUGGAAGUGUCACUCCCUAUUUGGGUUACAAUGCUUUAAAAGACUUCUUUCCAACAAUGGAAAUGAAGCCGAACCCUCAAUGUUCUAAUGCUUCUUGUAUGGAGAGACAGAAAGAAUAUGCUCUUGCAAAGCCAGCCAGAGAUGCUGCCGCUAAAGCCAAUCUGGAGGCUGAAGUGUUAGUAGAAGUCGAGUGCCUCCAUACCGAUAAUGAAUGGAAUAUAAGUGUUGUUGAUGAUGAUAACGACGUACAAGGCCCAAAAUCCAGUUCAGGUGCUCUGCCAGAAGGCCUUGUUCACGAGCUUCCAAGCGCAGAUGAAUUUCAGAAGCCACAUGUUUCGGAGGAAACCUCAUCCACCAUUGAUGACCUCGAAGCUCUGAGAAAAGAACUCGAAUUACUUAAUGCAAUCUAGUUUUUUUUUUAUUAAUUGAUAGAUUAGAUUAACUUUUGAAGGAUUGAUAUACGACCCCUGCAUUAGAGUUCGAGUUGUUUUUGCUUCAGUCAUUCGACACAUCCUCGGGGUCAAAAUAGAAUCCCUUUUUUUGGGAGGUAAUGUAUUUUUCGUACUUUUUAUAUAAUGUUAUAUAAUUUAAAUUUCCGGAACUAAAAUUAAUUUCCCCCGAUUAAUUGUAUCUUAUUGUGACUGCACAUUGAGUUUUUAUUUAUGUUUUA